AGCGAUCGAUUACGAUUUUUCAUCGGAGACAGGUAGCUCAAAUUGCUUCCAUCCCUAGUCCUGGCUUUGUUUUUUUUUUGAAUGCUUGCAAUUGGAUUUCUUGAUCUUUAGCGGGAACGAAAACAAAGAUGGAUUUAAAUACGCCUCUGCCGCGACGCAACAAGGAUUUGAUGGCCGCCCUAGAUUCCGACGAGGACAGCAAUACGCCUUUCCGCCAAAAUCGAUCGGAGGCACGAGAAGCGGCAAUGAAAUUUAAGGAUAAAGCCAGGGGGAAGGAGAACGAGCCCAUUACAAAUACGCCCAUGGAAAUGUUACCUCGUCGUGCUUCUGAGAUGAUGAUGAUGGAUUCUGACAGCGAAGAGGAGGAUAAGAGUAACCACAACCUCAACUGCGCGAUCUUAAACGACUCCUUUGUGUUGAGCCCAACUCACGAUCUUACGGGCAGUACCGGCACCAUUUCCGCCUCUAGAACCUCCGCCGCCGCACCUCUAAAGCAGUCCGAUUCGAAUCUUUCGUUUCUCGGUCGAUUCGGAAACAUGGGCAUCAAUUGUAGUGGUCAGAAAUCGCCUCCAGCGGCACCAGUAACCACAAAAGCACCGCCUCCUACGACCAAAUCCAUUGCGGAGAGACGUCAGCUGUUAGACACGGAGACUCCGUUGAGAAAAGGUGUUACUUCCUCCUCAUCCUCCGUGACUGCAAUGAAGUCACAGGCUAAGCCCGAUACAGACUUUGUAACGCCACAAGUUCGAACAAUAGGCUCCACGCAGGCUGGAAAGAGUCGGGCAGCCGUGACAAAUGAGUUUCGCUCACAGAAGGUACUUUUCCAGACCCCGAUGACUGUGAGCCGGGCUGCUCCCUUUCCUAGUGACAGUAUUAAUUUCUCGCUGUGCGACACCAUCAGUGAAAGUCCCGACAUCCCAGAGCCGAAAAAGGAAGACCCGCUAAACGGGAAGUCUAAAAAGUCUUUGGACUUCUCGGAGGUGGAUAAGGAGAAACAAAUAAAGGAGCAGCCCAAACUGGAGACAAUCGAACCGGCCAAAGAGCUAAUUUCUGUACCCUUAGUCACAGCUGAUCCACAGUCCAAUCCGAAACCAUCAAGCACACUGAAGAUUAAGAACCACGAGUAUGUGAUUGUCAAAAAGCUAGGAUGCGGUGGCUCCAGUUCGGUUUAUUUAGCCCGGCGGUCGGACUCUGGGGAAGAGUUCGCCCUUAAGGUAGUGGAUCUGCAGGCUGAUCCUCAAGUGGUGCAGGGCUAUCUGAACGAGACUAAGCUUCUGGCCAAGCUUCAGGGCAACGCUUGCGUUGUGUCCCUCUACGAUUAUCUACUAUUGCGGGAGGAGUUUAAAUUGUAUAUGGUAAUGGAGAAGGGUGACUGCGACCUCAACAAGAUCCUCCAAAAGUACACAACCAACUUGCCGCUCUACAGUUUAGUGAAUAUUCUGUACCAGAUGCUGCAGGCUGUCAAUUACAUUCACCAGAACGGGGUGAUUCACUCGGAUCUGAAGCCAGCCAACUUUCUGAUGGUUAACGGAAGAUUGAAGCUCAUUGAUUUUGGAAUCGCCAGCAACAUUGCGGUGGACUCGACGAGCAUCAUUAAGUUUUCGCAGGCCGGCACCUUCAACUACAUUAGUCCCGAGGCGCUAACGGACACAUCCACAGGAAACAGUCCGAUGCGAAGAGGUAACCAGCCCAAGAUCAAGAUAUCCACCAAGUCGGAUGUAUGGUCGCUAGGUUGCAUCCUGUACCUGCUUAUAUACCAGAAGACGCCCUUUGGUCAUAUUCGAAAUGUUUACGCCAAGAUGAGUGCAAUUGCGAGUCCGGCGACCAGCAUAGAGUAUCCUGCCUUACCACCCUACUAUCCAGAUAUGCUGCUUCAAAUGGUAAAAAUAUGUCUGCAGCUGAAUCCCAAAAGGCGACCAUCUUGCACUGAACUUCUGCAGUAUCCAUUCCACAUGCUCAUUCCCCUCCAGAACCUUCAGAUCCCCGCUAGAACCGCCGCCUCCUCCAACAAUUAGCCAUUAAGAUUAAUUAUUUAGUAGAGACCUCGAAUAAAAAACGAUGGUCGAGUGUCUUUGUCAUAUGUGUGUGUAUGUAUUUAAUUCUCAUUUAUCGUAAUUAUACAUCAUAAAUCAUUAUAA